CCGGUAACGUACAGUCAGGGCCAUUGGUUUUGCUGAGCUCCCUUGUCAACAGCGACUUUCGGCGGAGCUUUGUAUUGAGAAAUUCAACUGACUCUAGACAAGUAACCAUGCAGAACGAGGCCGGCCAGUCGAUCGACAUCUACAUCCCGCGCAAGUGCUCGUGGACCAACCGCAUCCUUGCGGCCAAGGACCACGCCUCGGUGCAGAUCAACGUCGGCCGCGUGAACGCCAACGGCGUCUUCACGGGCGAGUCGGACACCUUCGCUCUGGCUGGCUACAUCCGCCACCACGGUGAGGGCGACAUGGCCAUCACCGAGCUGGCCCGCCAGGCGGACGCCAAGAACUAAGCAGACCAAGUCGUCAUGAACGCACGCUGCUGCUGCGAAGCGCAGUAUGCGCUCUUCAACGUCUAGCUGGCAGUUCAGGAGCUGGUGUUCAUUAGACAUAUCAACAGAUGUGUUUUCUGAGCGCUGGCAGGAAUUGCGGUAGCGUCGCUUAUGGAGUCGGUUGCUUGCGGGUUCGACCUCGUCUUUUGUCUUGGUCGGUCGUAGGCUUACUAUUUAACUCUGGUCAACGAACGAGCAAGAACAAAGCAGUUCAACCCCGUCAUACCGGUGUUCUCUCAUUUUCUUUUUUGCCUCACACCUCGUACUGCAGUAUCCGCUAAAGUAUGCGUGCAAGUACUGAAUCAUCACCGAUGAUAGAUUCUAGCUAUGACAAUCAUUGCCAGAACCAAACAGACACUGGAUCUCAG